AUGGAAGAAAAAUUUUGUACCCAAGAACAAGUAAAUGAAAAUGACGCGCCUAAUUUUGAAAGAAGUAAUAAUAAUAUGUAUUCGAUAGAUUCUAAUGAAUCUAAUGAAUUUAAAGAAUCUAAUAUACCUGAAGGAUAUAAUGAAUUUAAAGAACAUGAUGAAUUUAAAGAAUAUAAUGAACCUAAUAUAAUUGAAGAAUAUAAUGAAUUUAAAGAAAGAAAAAGAAAAAAUUUUAGUCCCGAAGAUUUUUCUUCAAAGAAAAAAUAUUUUAUACUUUUUAUUAUUACUGCAGCUGAAAUUUUGGCACCAUUAGUAAAUAUAAUAUUUUAUCCCGCCUUAUCAGAUAUGCGCAAAGAUUUAAAUACUUCUGAAUAUUUGAUAAAUCCAUUCUUUUGGGCAACAUAUUCAGAUACUUUCGGAACCAGGCGAAAAAUGUAUCUUAUAUGUCUUCCUAUAGUUAUUAUUGCAUCUGCCAUAAGCGCAAUUGUAAAGAAUAUUUGGAUAUUAAUAGUUAUGAGAGCAUUUCAAGCUAUUGGAUCAAGUUGUUUAUUAAGCAUUGGUGUUGCAGUAAUAAGUGAUCUCUUUCUACCCUUUGAAAGAGGUCAUGCAAAUGGAAUAUUUUUUAUCGGAUAUGAUGUGGGAGAUAUCUUAGGUCCAAUUAUUGGAGGUUUUAUAAACCAAUAUUCGAAUUGGAAAUACAUCAAUUGGUUUAUAGCAUUCUAUGCUGUCCUUAUUUUUUCUCUCGUAAUAUUCUUUGUUCCUGAAACCUUUUCAAAUUUAUUGUCUGAACUAUCGACGACAUCACCUGAAUCCUCACUUGAUUCAUCAUCAAUUUCUAAACAAGAAAAGGAACAAGAAAAGGAACAAGAACAAGAAGAAAAAAAACAAAACCAAUCAGAACAACAAGAACUAAAUAAUAAAAAAUAUUUUAAUCCUUUAGAUCCUAUAAAAUUAUUACGUUAUCCAACUGUUUCAUUAACAAUUGGUCAUAUAAGUAUUUUAGCAAUAGUAAUGUUUGCCCAGAGUUUAGUGAUUCCUAAAGAAUUUCCCAAGAUUUAUAAACUUUCAUCUUCAUCAAUGGGAUUUAUUUUUUUAACACUUGGUAUUGGACGUUUAUUGGGAACAAUUUUAGUUCCUUUAACAAAUUUUGCAUUGGGUUGGAUUAUUCAAGCAAAGGUUCAUAUUUCUAUACCUUUAAUUUUUUUAGCUUUAGGAGGAUUUGGGGUUACAUUCAUAUUUCCUGCAUUAUUAACUUACUUAAUAGAUUCAAAUCCUACCCAAAAUGCAUCAAUAAUAUCAGUUAGUGAUGGAAUAUCAUUUUUUUCUUCAGGAAUAAUGACUAUAAUAAUUCCACAUUUAGAAGAUUAUUUAGGUUAUGGAUGUACAUUUACGUUGUUGGGUUUCUUGAGUUUAGCUGGAUUAGGGUUUUCAGUUAUAGUUUAUUUUAAAGUAUUAGUAUUUUUUAUUGCUUUAAAUUUAAAGAUUCCUUCAAUUAUUGUUAUGGAAUGUUUAGGAUUCGUGAAUUGA